CUGUUGUCUCUACUAAUUCAAGUACCCUUUUCUUUCUCUUUAACUCUCCUUCUAUUGCUGUUGUUAUCUUUCUUUCUCAAGUCAAACCCUAGUUCCUAAAAUUUCAAGCUUACAGAGAUGAUCAUGAGAAAGGUCGAGAAGCGUUCUCUAUCUGCGAAUCCAGAUUGCAGCUACCUCGAACGGGUGUUCCGGUACUUCGAUGAGGAUGGUGACGGCAAGAUAUCGCCGACGGAAUUACAAAGUUGUGUGAGUACUGUCGGUGGCGAGCUGUCUGCCGAAGAGGCAGUGGUGGUGGUGGGAUCGUCAGACUCGGACGGCGACGGGUUGCUUGGGUUCAAUGAUUUUGCGAGGUUGAUGGAAGGGAAUGGAGAAGAGGUGGAGGAUGAUUUGAGGGAGGCAUUUGGGAUGUAUACGAUGGAUGGGUGUGAUUUUAUAACUGCCAAGAGCUUGAAGAGGAUGUUGAAUCGACUCGGUGAGUCAAGAACGAUCCGUGAAUGUAAGGGAAUGAUUAGUGUCUACGAUUUGAAUGGGGAUAGCGUGCUUACCUUCGAAGAAUUCAAAGCUAUGAUGCGUUUUGAUUAA